AUGAACGGAUGUGGGUAUAUUUUGGAGUUGUAUGUGCAAAAUUUACCCAUGAUGCUUUUAUACAUUGGCUGAUGUGAGUGUUCUAACUAAUUAGUGUUGUGUAUUACAAUGAAUCCACAAAGGGUAUUUAUAGGUGACUAAACUCUAGGCGAAUAGGUUUAUAAAAAAACUCUAGGCUAAUAGGUUUACAUGAUUGGCAAUACAAGUAGAAUUAAGAUUUCUUUACUUGCACACCAAGUUAGACUAGGAUUUCUUUGGUUGCACACCAGGUUGAAUUGGACUUAGGUGUUAACUAGGAAUUGGGCUUUGAUAUCUUUAACAUUCCCUCAAACUCGAGUUGGAGACUUGAAGACAACUUGAAUUUGAAAAAAGAAAAAAGAAAAACUAAGACCUUGAUGAAAUUCAUGACCAAAUUUGAGGUAGACCAAAUGAAGUGUUGAUAACAAGCUAGGAAGGCCAGAUGCACGCCAUGAUUAAGGCUUGAAUGAUGAGUACAAUGCAUGUGAUACAUGUGGAGGCUAAUGAUCAGAGGCAUGAUUGCCUGAAGAUGAUAGAGACGCAUGAUAGAAAGUAGCCAGUAAAGAUACUGAUCAGAGGUGUGGUCUGAGUAACGUGGCCUAAAGAUGAUAGAGACGCAUGAUAGAAAGUAGCCAGUAAAGAUACUGAUCAGAGGUGUGGUCUGAGUAAUGUGGCCUAAAGAUGAUAAAGACACAUGAUCAGAGCAAAAGCUGAUAAAAGAGGCUACCAAUCAGUGUGGCUUGUGAUACUUAGCCAAGAUAUUGCGGAUGCUUGAUCAGAAGCAAUGCUGACAACCAGGUGCAAAAGAAAGAUGCACGUGCACAUUUAAUAUAGUUGAAACUACCAAGAUUGCCUUGUGAGAGAAUAUCAUAUUUCAAAAGAUUGUUUGAAUGUCCACGGUAGGUAAGAAAUUAGGAUGAUCUGCAGAGUGGCCAGUAGUGUUGUAGCAAUGGUGAAAGAGAGAACCUUGAUAUAAUGGUUUAAAGAUGUGAACUAAUAGAGUGUUGUACUAUUGUACUAGAGUUCUUAAAUACUUGAAAAGAUGCUCAGAAGGCAAAGAUCCAAGAGUAGUGCUUAAACAACUAUAGGAUUACCAUUGGAGGAGACACUGCUGGGAAGGAAGGCUGAAGAAGUAUAGAUACAAUUGCGUUGCAUGGAAGAAGAGAUUGUUAUACUUGAAGAUAAAUGGGUGUGCUCAUUGGCUUUUAAUAUUGUUUCGCUCCAAUGUUGCGUGGGCUCAAAGUCAACUUGGCUUUUAAAAAGUGCAGACCAGUGUGUGAGCUCCAAGUUCCUUCAGAUCACACUUUACAAGGAAAUCAUAAUGACCUCCUAGGCGUAUCAAUUCAAUAGGAUAGGAUGUUGGAGGAGCUUCAUUCACAAGGCAAAACCGUCGAGGACAUGGCAGAGUGCCUGAAAGGAACUCCAUUGGAUCAGCAUAUAAUUGCUGCUAUUAAAGCAGCUCAUGCUCUUGGAUGUGAGUUGAGGAUAAUUAGCGAUGCCAAUUUGUUUUACAUUGAGACAAUCUUGGAACAUCAUGGUGUGUGGGGUUGCUUUUCUCGGAUAGAUACCAAUCCGAGUUUUGUUAAUGAGGAGGGACGGCUUAGAAUCUUACCUUUUCAUGAUUUAAAUUCAACUCCUCAUGGUUGCAAAUUGUGCCCCCCAAAUAUGUGCAAGGGUCUGGUGAUUGACCAAAUCCAAGCUUCUGUUUCUGAUAGUGGGAAGAAGAGAAUCAUCUACCUUGGAGAUGGAAAUGGUGAUUACUGCCCAACUUUGAAGCUUGGGGAAAAUGAUUUUGUGAUGCCAAGGAAGAACUAUCCUCUGUGGAAGCACAUUCAUGGCAAACCAAAGCUAAUCAAGGCAAAAGUCCAUGAAUGGAGCACUGGAGAGGAGCUGGAGAGAAUCCUACUACACCUUAUUGAUACAAUUCCCAUUCAAGAUAAAAUCAGUAGUAGUAACACCAGUCAGUCUAACUGAUUCGAUUGCUAGUUCACGCAGGACGCAUUCCCUCAAACUCUCUAUAUUCAUCACUAUCAAUUGGACUUCUGAAUUUUGUCAAUGGCAGUCAAAGGCCAUUUAGUAGUAGGAGACCGUUUAUCCUGUUUAACUCCAUUGUUCGAUGAUUAAAUCACAGAAAGAAGUUAUAAUGUCAUUUAUUGAACUUGUUAAGACUUCAGGAUUGUCUUUAUAACAGCCUAUUGUUACACAAUUCAUAAGAUGUUUACAGAAAAUAUAUGCUAAAGCAAAACAAAGCUCUAGAGGCCACUCUUUUCACCUUAA